AUGCUGGGCUCUGUCUUCUUUGCAGGGGGUUUGUUUAUAUUCGGUUGGACCAGUCCUGCAGACAUUCAUUGGAUCGCACCAAAUAUCGGCGCUGUGAUGAUGGGUAUUGGGAUUUUGACAAUCCUUCAACCAGCCAUGAACUAUCUGAUCGAUACCUUCCACUCGACAGCAGCCAGUGCCGUUGCAACAAGCACUUUUCUGCGCUCUAUCCUCGCUGGUUGCUUUUCAUUCUUUACCAACACUAUGUUUCGCAAUCUUGGUGUUCCCUGGGCAGCGAGUACUCUGGGUUUCAUUUCUAUCGCGAUGCUUCCCAUUCCAUAUCUGUUUUAUAUUUAUGGAAAGAAGCUUAGGGCGCACGGGAAGUAUUCCAAAGGUUCAGUAUGA